AUGAGCUUGCAAGACGACAAUGCUGAUGAAGUGCAAACCAAGCGCGAAGCCCCAGGCGCGGGUGAGCAGGACCGCCCCGUUGCACGUUCGUUGGACGAGUUUCGGCGGGCUGAAGGUCGCGAAAACCGCAAACUCAAACUAAAAACUCUUUGGCAACAAUUGCCGAAGCUUUACUCGACUGACGCUGGUCCAACCAACCCACAGUCGGCCGCCCUUCAAGACACAAUAGACCCGGAGACCGCCCAGCAACUCAUUUCUGCGUAUGAAAAAGAGCUGAUACGGAAAUGCGGUGGCCAUUCGUCAGGCACAGCACCUAUAGAGUGGAAGGAGUUUCGUAGAUAUGCCGAAGCAAAAGAGACCGAAUUGUGGCACAUCUUCCAUGACGAACUAGAUCUCGAUGGAAAUGGCAAGCUGGAUGCGCAGGAGCUGAGGUCUGCGUUGGGCAAAGUCGGAAUCAAGCUGUCUACCGCCAAACUCCACGAAUUCAUGGCGUAUCUGGCGACGAAUCCACACUCCAGCUCCAUCAGCUUUUCGCAAUUUCGUGAUUUCCUCUUACUUUUACCUCAACGAGCUUCACCCUCUGAAAUCUACCGCUAUUACGAGCUGAGAAGGUAUCAAGAUGCCCGUGGCGCAGCCCGCGUCAACAUGGAAGGCGAUGUCAGUCUGAGUGGUGAAGACCGGCCCACGAUUCAACUAAAGGAGAGGAGCGGCUCAAUCGCAAUAACACAACAACAGCAGCAAGCACCUCUACAUGAAGACGAUGGAGAAUCGCAUAGCUGGCUAGAAGGCCACACAGCGUUGAAGUUUUUGCUUGCUGGGGGCAUCGCUGGUGCAGUUAGUCGAACGUGUACAGCGCCAUUCGACCGACUCAAAAUAUUUCUCAUAACCCGGCCACCGGAUAUGGGUGGCGCUACGAUGACAUCUAAACCUGGCCUUGGUGGUGCGAGAAUCAUCGCCAGUGCGGUUGCUCGCAUCUAUUCGGAGGGCGGGAUUUUGGCGUUCUGGACAGGAAAUGGACUCUCCGUUGCAAAGAUAUUCCCAGAGUCGGCGAUCAAGUUCUUCUCCUAUGAAUCCUCAAAACGCGCUUUUGCGAAAUAUUGGGACCACGUUGAGGAUUCCCGUGACAUAAGUGGAGUGAGCAGGUUUCUGUCUGGUGGUAUUGGUGGCAUUACGAGUCAAUUGAGCAUAUACCCAAUCGAAACUCUCAAAACGCAAAUGAUGAGUAGUGCCCGGGACCCUUCGAUGGCUCAGGUGUCUGGAACUGGGACUAACGUAUUCCGCGUUCGGCAGUCCACAAUGCUUGUAGCUGCACGACAUUUAUGGGCCCUUGGGGGAUACCGCGCGUACUAUCGUGGCUUGACGAUUGGUCUAGUCGGGGUAUUCCCAUACUCUGCUAUCGAUAUGAGCACUUUUGAAGCCCUGAAACUCGCCUAUCUUCGAUCAACGGGAAAGGAUGAACCGGGUGUCCUUGCCAUUUUGGCCUUCGGCAGCAUAUCAGGCAGCGUUGGAGCCACAAGUGUCUACCCAUUGAAUAUGGUGCGAACCCGGCUUCAAGCAUCAGGUUCAACGGGUCAUCCACAAACGUAUACUGGCCCCUGGGAUGUCGCUGUCAAGACAUGGGAGCACGACGGAUGGCGUGGGUUCUAUCGUGGGCUGUUCCCGACGCUGGCCAAGGUUGUUCCCGCUGUAUCAAUAUCGUACGUUGUUUACGAGCAUAGUAAACGGCGGUUGGGUGUGUAA